UUGUUGUCGUUGACACUAAACGUAGUUUCUCUUUCGGGCACUACCAAGUGCUUAUUGAGGAAGGUGCUACGAAUUUGAGCCGUCCUCUGAAACCCCAUCUGUCCGGAACAAGACGAAUCUUUUCCGGGGUGCAAAAAGGGAGGGGCAAAAAAAAAGAACCUUAGCUUGGUCGGACUGUUGGAGGAGGUCGGUAUACGAUGGCCGACACAUCGAAAGAAGAGCCGCUCCCCCUGAUCAGACGUAUGGUAUCUUUUCUCACGACGAAGGUGUCCAAUCUCUUGGCAAUCUCGCUCCAUACCAUGGAUUCACGCUCUAUUGGCGCAGUUGCGGGUCUGGCUGUUGCAGUUUUCUUCGCUUGGAGGCUCUUGGGAUGCCCUAGUGGGUCUCAACGUAGGCCAAGGAAGCGACAAGCUACUGUACCCGGUACUUCUGGUGCAAAUACUCAAUCUAAUGCCUCACUGACUGCAUCCGGGGUCUGUUCACCAUUAGAUGUUUCAAGGGCACAAAAUGUUGUUGAUGAAUUUUUUCAGCCGGUCAAGCCAACCUUGGGGCAGAUAGUUCGGCAGAAGUUGAGUGAAGGAAGAAAGGUAACUUGUAGCCUUCUAGGAGUGAUCCUUGAGGAAAGUAGUCCAGAGGAGCUUCAGAGUCAAGCUACCGUGAGGUCCUCUGUGCUGGCAGUGUUGUUGGAGAUAACUAAAUUCUGUGAUCUUUAUCUCAUGGAACGAGUUCUGGAUGAUGAAAGUGAGAGAAGAGUUCUUGUAGCAUUGGAAGAGGCUGGGGUUUUCACUUCAGGUGGUCUGGUCAAGGACAAGGUUCUCUUCUGUAGCACAGAGCAUGGACGGUCAUCAUUUGUUCGGCAGUUGGAGCCAGAUUGGCACAUUGACAGAAAUCCGGAAAUCAUCUCUCAGUUAGCUAGGUUUAUCAAGUACGAACUUCAUGUCUGUCCUUUAAGGACUGAACGAGCUGCUGCUAAUGUGUUCAGUGCUACAUCCCUGGAGCAGUUCUUUGGAUCUAUAUGAAACUCAAUCUACUAGAAGAUAAAUUAUUGUUCGUGGAGUUGAUUUUAGCUUGUCUCCUCCUGAAUCUUGGCUUCUAGCCACCAUACUAGGUAGAUUUUCUUCAAAAUUGUGAGGGUGUUGACCCUGAGUCUUCAGAUGACUGAGCACUGCAUCUGUCUGAAAGAAAUUCCAUUCUUCCUUCUCGUUUUCCUUUGUACUCUGAGCUUUGUGCAAUAGAUUGGAUCACAUGAAACGCGACGCCAAGCCACGCCACUGUAUAAAUGGUUGUCAUCCUUACUUUGCAGGCUAUAGUAGUGUCUGUUGAUCCUUAUUUGUACAGUCACGAAGCAUCUGUGUAUUUUUACUCCUUCGAUUGUAAUUGGUCAUCUUUCUGGCAUUAGAAUUCCAAUAUUUCAACUCAACGAUGUGAGAUAACCUUAUCA